GAAUAGUUUUAUUUUAAGUCAUGUGACAGCUAAUUCGGGGAAAUGUAUAACUGUGUUAGUUUUAUUUCGAAAAGGGAAGACAUUCUUUAUAACAACAAACUUUCAGUGUAAAGAAAUGGAAGAAGGAACAACACAUGCACUGGUUCCUAAUGGACAAGAGAAUUUAGAGAUUAAGAAGGAAUCUGUACCUCUGUUUGGUUCUAGUCGUUUUGCACUAGCCAUCUUAGGAUUUUUUGGACUACUUAACAUGUAUGCGAUGCUUGUUAACAUUAAUGUUGCGAUUGUCUGCAUGGUGAAUAGGACUGCGAUAUAUACUAGUGAUAACUCUACAGUUAAUCACAAUGAAGAUAGUAACUGUUAUCGUCAGAAAGAUAACUCAUCGGAUGUAUCUUCUAUCCCUGGUGGUGAGUUAAAUUGGGAUCCAGAGAUACAAGGAUAUGUACUCGGUGGAUUUUACUGGGGAUAUUUGAUAACACAGAUGCCAGCAGGCUGGAUAGCUACAAGAUUUGGUGGAAAGAUGGUGACUGGUUGGAGCAUGUUUAUUUCAAUGAUAUUCACAUUGCUAACACCAUUUGCUGCUAAAACUAGCUUUAUCUUUGCAGUAGUUGUUAGGAUUAUUAUCGGAAUGUGUACAGGAGCAGUAUUUCCUGCAAUACACUCUCUCCUGGGUAAUUGGGUACCUCCGUCGGAACGAACCAAGUUUACUGCAAUGACGUAUUCAGGUACACAACUUGGCAUUGUUGUAACAUUUGCACUUGGUUCAUUGUUGUGUGCACAUGGUUUUGCUGGAGGUUGGCCGUCAAUAUUCUAUGUCUGUGGCAUGUCAAGUUUCAUAUGGUUCAUUUUAUGGAUGUGGUUUGUAAGUGAUACACCAGCCGAGCACAAACGAAUUUCAAAAGAGGAGAAAGAAUACAUAAUGGGUUUAUUAGCAGACAGUACCCAUGACACUAAAAAGAAGGAACUACAUGUGCCAUGGUUGGCGAUUGCAAAGUCAAUGCCGAAUUAUGCAAUCGUGGUAUCUAAUAUAACAUGUGAUUGGGGUCUUUAUACACUGCUAACAUACAUCCCGACUUACAUGCACGAUGUUCUAAAGCUCGAUAUCACAACGAAUGGACUGUUUUCGUCAUUACCGUAUAUUGUUUUCUGGGCAACAGUAUUUUGUGGAGGUUGGCUUGCUGAUUUUUUCCGGAACAGAAAGUUGAUGUCGACUACUAAUACCCGGAAAGUAUUUGACACUGUUGCAAAACUAGUUCCUGCUUCGAUGUUGAUUGGUUUAGGUUAUGUCGACUGUUCCCAAACUGCCUUGGCAAUUGUAUUGGUAAUUCUUGCUGUAAGUUCGGCAGGAUUUCAGUACAGUGGAUGGGUUGUUAAUCAUAUUGAUAUAGCACCCAGCUAUGCAGGGAUCUUACUUGGAAUAUCGAAUUCUCUGGCGUCUACGACAGGAAUCAUAUCUCCAAUUAUAGUCGGGGCAAUUACAGAAAAGGCACAAACUCGAGCUGAGUGGCAGAUAGUUUUCUACAUUGCAGCAGGCAUUUAUCUAUUUGGUGCAAUAUUCUAUAUUAUAUUUGCUAGUGGUGAAUUACAACCAUGGGCACAGGAACCUGUUACUAUAUCGAUUCCACUGGAAGAGCAAAAUGCCGAUAAUCUUAUGGACGAUGACGAUGAUAUGUGAUUUUGAAUAAUGCAUUGUUGUUGAUUAAUAUGCUUGUAAAAUGAACAAAUCAGCGUUUUCUGUGAUAUAUCAUAUUUUUCUAUUUGUUGCUGAUUUAUAGUAUGUGUUUGUUUUAUAACUUUAUAAUGCGACUCCAAGGUUUGAUAUGUCACAUAAUGAUAUUGUGCUGUUGUUGUUAGUCUUUCCACGAUAACUUUGAUAAUCGAUAUUUAUGAACGUAUCAGGGAUGAUGUCUGCUGUCUUUGGCAUCAAAAUUUUGUGAUUAAUGUUUUUUUAUUAAAUUAUAUAACAGUUAA